AUGGAACAGGCACCUUCACUAAACCCAGACGACUCAUUGGCUCCGGCCCCGAAGCGCCGGAAGCUCCGCAAGGGCACCUCGAGCUGCUGGGAGUGCAAACGCCGCAAGGCCCGGUGCUCCUUUUCCACAGCUGAUGGAGCAGUAGACACCGUCUGUCAUGGCUGCAAGCUGCGUGGCACACGCUGCAUUCCCCAGGAUCUUCCAGACCAGCCGGCGUCCGGUGGGAGCAAUCGCCAUCUUGUGGACAGGCUGGCCCAAGUCGAAGCCCUGAAUACUGCCAGGGAAGGGCAAAGCCAUGUUCAUACAACAAGGCCAGGCACUACUCAAACAACUAUAGCAGCAUCGGCCAAAGAAAACGUCCCUUCGACGGAAAAGUCUAGGACCUCUCCAGGAAAAUAUGAUUCCGUGUGCCGGGAGCUUCUCUCUGCAUGGCCAGCGGCACGAGACAUGGAAAUCAUCCUGGGCGCCCCUGUCCACACUUCUGCCAUGAUACGUGGUGCAAGCCUCACCCGGCCUGUCAACCCCCCCGAGAUGGAACUGCCAUCACCCGAGACCUUGCUCGAGCUACCGUCGCCUUCGUCUCAUCCGGUAUUGAUUGCCCGGAAACUCCUCCUCCUAGCCACAUUCCUCCAAGGCAUACCGCCAACAUCCUGGGGGCAUCUCGAGAAUCUCAGGGUAAGCCGGCGGGAACUCAUGGCCGGUGCCGUUUCCAAGGCCCACCACCUCGUAACCUCAAACGACGAGCUGGUCGCAUCGAUUGAGGGCAUCGAAUGCCUCAUGCUCGAGGGCCUCUACGAGUCGUACUCUGGUAGCCUCCGACCAUCAUGGCUUGCGACACGCCGUGCUGUGACCAUUGCCCAGAUGCUGGGCCUUCACCGAGGCGUCAGGCCGACGUCCUUGACGAGUGCGGCCUUCAAGCCUGAUCACGUCUGGUUCCGGCUGGUUCAGCUGGACCGCUACCUCUCCAUUAUGCUGGGGCUACCGCCCAUGUCUGUUGACGACAGCUUCGCCAAGCCAGACAUUCUGGACACUUGCACACCCGAGGAACGAAUGCAGCGUCUAAACUGCGCCGCUGCAGGACGCCUUCUGCGUCGCACGCCCACAGACGCGGUAGACCCAGCCAAGACGAAGGAGAUUGAUAACCUGCUCCAAGACUCGUCGGCAUCACUGCCGCCUCAGUGGUGGCUAACCCCUACAUUGUCCUCGUGCCACGGCCAGAUGGACACGAUCCGCGAUACCCUGCGCUUCAACGGCCACUUCAUGCACUACCAUAUGCUGGUUCACUUGCAUCUCCCGUACCUCCUGCCCCUGGAAAGCUCACGCGACCACGAGUAUAGUCGCAUGGCAGCCAUCUCUGCCAGCCGCGAGAUCCUGUCUAGGAUUGCCAGCUUUCGCACUUUCCGGCCAACUGGGUACUACUGUCGCGGCGUGGAUCUUCUCGCCUUCCUCGCCUGCACGGCACUUGGGCUUGCUCACAUAUGUGAUCAUAGCCGUCGGAGGACUGACGAUGGGGGGUUUCUUUUCCUCGUACACCAGCGAUUGAGUGAUCGUGGUUUGCUGGAACACACAAUGCAGUACAUGUCGGACAUGGCGUGUGUGAAUGACGAUGCCAUUGGAUCAAUGGUGGCCACCUUACUGGAGCAUCUCCUGGCCAUCGAGGAGGACGCAGCGGCCGGGUCGAGCUAUACGGUGACUUCGUGCAUGGACUCUGAUGUGGAGAGAGAGGAAGAGACCGGCGGCAGUCAUUUCAAAUUGAGUGCAGAUGGUUCCGUAUUGACUAUUCAUCUCCCCCAUAUAUGGGUCGUCAAGAUCGAGCGCGGUCCUGGCCAAAAAGGACGACUCCCAACCAAAACAAGCCGUGAUUCCAGCUCGGCACCCGAGCCCGCGGAAUCUACGGCUCAACGCCGACUAAUCUCGAAUCAAGCUCGGGAAGUGCAGCAAUCUAAAAUACUUUGCAGUCCCAUCUUGCAAAACCCUUCUUUGGCGCAGCUCAUGCCCUUUGUCACGCGUGAUCAUCUUGCCAAGGCAUCUCAAGGAACUGAAGAUGGAGGCUUGGACUUUCUACUACCGAUCCAGGAGCUGAAUGAGAACGAAGGUGUGGCCGAAGAUAUUGACAUAUCGUUCUUUAAUAGCUUCAUUCAGGAAAUGCCAGUCUAG